GGCGUUAGGCGUGAUGUCGGGGUGGAGCUUCGCUGAUUUGACUUGGGGAAGCACCUCAGAUUUAAUAGUCUAAGGGACAGGCCAGAUCUGAGGCCAAUCAAUGGUGCGGGCGCGAUACGAACCUUUAUCAAUUUCCGGCAUUCCUGCAAUUCUCGUGAUGCAGUCAUGGGACGAAAUGAAGUGCUUGCUGCUUCCGCCUUAGCCUCCUCCUCUUUGCGCGCCUUCUCCUCCACUGCCUUCUGUUUCUCCGCUUCCUCUUCAACACGCUUUCUCUCAGCUGCAGCAUUCUCUGCCUCUUUCUUGGCCUUUUCAGCAGUAGCGCGAGCCCUGGCUUCUUCCUCCUCCUUGGCUUUCCUGACUCGAGCUUCUUCUUCUUCCCUGACAAGUCGUUCUAGACGUGCACGUUCUUCCGCUAUCUUCCGGAGCUCGGCCUCGUGUACUGCAAUGCUUCUUUCAAUAGACUGUCAUUGCAUUCGAGCCAUUCCCUCAAGAAUGUGUCUUCUCAAAUAUCCACGCUAUUGGGUGCCAUUGUUCUCUGUUCUUUUCCAGAGCAAGACGCUACCUCGCAAGAAAGCUUCCCUGAGUGUGCUGUCUUCAUAUUCUUGUACUGGAUCACGCCGAUGUCGAAGCCGUAUCGCAGCGUAAAACUCAUCUUGUUCACGCUGCUCUUUGUUUCGUGGUGUUCGCUUAGAAGAUCUAAGGAUCAUAAGGAAAAUGAGUUUUAUUCAAA